AUGAGUUCGUCAAACAACAUAGAAUCGCCACUGCCUUUAUUGAAGACGUGCCAGACAUGUUUUUCAUUGAAGAUUCGAUGUUCCAAAACUCAGGACUCCGACUCUUGCGAUCGAUGCUUGAGGCUCGGCAAGACGUGUAUCUUCAACCAAGCUAGGCGCCGUCAGAAUGUAAAUCGGCAAAGGGAAAGACUAGAUGUCAGAUCCAAAUCCGAGCAAUCAUCCAAGUCGCCAACAAGUCCUUAUGAGAAAGCAUCUUCGAGUAGCAAACUGCAGGACAUCUUCAACCCAAAUGACCCAAUGAUCCCAUACUUUCCUUUCGUCCUCUUUCGAGAUGAUGUAUCUGUUGAGCAGUUGAACGCAGAACGACCCUUUGCUUGUCUGGCGGCACUAGCCGCAGCUUCACAUGCUGAAGUCCCCACGCAAAAAGCACUUGGGUACUUAUUCAAGCAGAUCGUUGCAGCAAAAAUGGUGGAGGGAGAUUUCUGUCAACUUGAUCUACUGCAGGGACUCCUCAUCAAUCUUGCAUGGGCACACUAUCAGGCUAAGCCAAAGAGAUAUAUACAGCAUCUCCAUCUUGCUACUAGUAUAAUCAGUGAUUUACGACUUGAUAAACCUCGAAGACCAAAGUUAUGGAGUGCCGAGGGCGGGAAAGAUAAGAACAAGCCAGACUGGGGUCCUGAUGAGAUGAGAGCUCUUGCAGGAACUUAUUACUUAUCUUCAAGUUCGUCUAUUAUUCUUCAGAAAACACGCCAAUUCUUCUAUACGCCAUACAUCACUGCGUGCUGCGAGCACCUCGCAUCCUGGAACGAAUACCCGACGGAUAAAUAUCUUCCGUAUAUGAUUACAGUGCAAACGCUCAUCGAAGGAGUUGAAGAUCUCGUCAACAACACAGCGUCUACUAACAACGGUCUGCAUUUCUUUUCUGGGUGUCAGGAAAUCUCACAGAAGUGUACCGAGGUCAAGGAAACGCUUCCUUUCCCUUUGAGCGAAAGCCCACCUCUGCUUCUCCAGAUACAUAUUCUAGAGCUGUUACUCAGCCAAUCAUCGCCGAGAGGAACAUCCUUUGGUUUAGAUAAGUUCAACAAUCAAUUUGAACACGAAAGUUCACUUAUAGACUGGCUGUCGGCAAGCAUGUCCGCAGCCCGCUCUCUCAUCAGCGUGAUUUUAGUCAUGCCGCAGGGCGAAGAGAUGUACAUGUCAAACAUGGGCUGGAUUAUGAUGGACUGCGGUCUAAACCUUGCUGUUCGCCUUGAUCUUGUCGCUGCUAGAGGCAGCAUAUCUGGAUCUAUGCAACACCUUCGUCGGUUUUUAGAUAUGAGGCAUACCCUUCGCCAACUAGUCUUGCGGUUCGAGGCGACGCCAGGUCAGGAUGCACCAGCAGACCAUCCGUUCUAUGCUCUCGCGAAGCGAAUACGUCGGCUUGAGAACUGGUACCUGUCGCAGGCGGAGCACCAGACACCAGAUUCAUCAGUUUCCAUAAGUCCAUCUGUCAAUGACCAGUCGUUACUUAGUGUCGGCACUGAUGCCAGUGGCAUGUCAGUUGGGUCAAUGCCGUUCAUAGCCGGUCCUUGGCCAAUGAGCUCAGAUUGGUAUCAAAACCCGGACCUCGACAUUGGCAGUUUUCUCUUCGCAGAUCCUGUCGAGUUUCCUAUCAACUUGGGCUAUGGAACCUAG